AUGUCUUCGUCAUCUUCCUACUCAGGCAGCAGUGCUGUAUACAGUGAUUCCUCACGUGCAAGUACACCUGAAGCUGGAGCUCCACCACCGGCUGAAGCUGCUUCCACAGAGCAGCCAACAGAGGCAGUAGCUAGCGAGCCAGCACCGGAGCCUGCAUCGCAUGUUGAGGUUGAGAACAACUCAGACGACGGUCGCGACCCUUUUGCGUAUCCGAUUACUGAAGAUAUGGUGUCUGAUUCUUCCGAUGAUUCAUCUGAGAGCGAUAGUAGCGAUUCCUCCACUGUGAGUGACGAGGAGGAAAGAAACAAACGUAAG